AUCCUGCAGCAGAGGAAGAAAGAGGAAGCGAGUGAAGCGGGAAGUAGGGCUGCGGAGGGAGAAGUCUGCUGGUUUUAUCUUUACUUUUCUCCUCCUCGGCUCCAGAAUGUCUAAAAACACCGUGUCCGACCGCUUCAGGAAGGUGGACGUAGAUGAAUACGACGAGAACAAGUUCGUGGACGAGGAGGACGGAGGAGAGAACCAGGGAGGACCGGACGAGGCAGAGGUGGACGGUUUGCUCCGACAGGGGAACAUGAACGGAGCUCUACAUGCCGUCCUGAAGAACCCUCCGAUCAACACCAAGAACCAGAACGCCAAGGAGCGAGCAGAGCUUCUGGUGGUCAAAGUGCUGAGCAGUUUUAAGAGCAGCGACAUUGAGAAAGCCGUGGGCUCGCUGGACAAAGCGGGAGUGGACCUGCUGAUGAAAUACAUCUACAGAGGCUUCGAGAAGCCGUCCGACAACAGCAGCGCCGUCCUGCUGCAGUGGCACGAAAAGGCUCUGGCGGUGGGAGGAGUCGGCUCUAUCGUCAGAGUCCUGACUGCCAGGAAGACGGUGUGAAGCUCCCAGAACCUGCAGAGUCCAGCUGUUAGCAGACAUCAGAUUCUGUUGGUUGACUUUUAUUUUUGUAGCGGAGCUGAUCGUCUUCCUGAUGCACUUCUUUCCUCCUCUUUGUUUUUUUUUUUCUUCCCCUGCAUUCGCUCUUUUCUCCUCUGGGAUGUGGGAGUGCUGGCGGACCGGCAGGGAGAUGCUGGCACCUCUAACUGCCUUCGCUGGCUGGCCUCAAAGCAGAAACACAAAGCAGCUCCUUUGCUUCUUCAGACUGCUUCCCAGCUGCUCUGCUCCUCCCCCUCCUCCUGCUUCUCCUUCCUCCUCUCUGGAGACUUUGACUCAUCCAGGUUGAGGAAAUGGAAAAGAUGGAUGGACUGUCACUGACUGGUGUUCUUUCCUUUGCCUUUUGCUGGGAGUGGAUUUAUUUUGACCCAAACCGUUCUAACUUUCUGAACAUGUUUGUUCAUUGACUCUUUAUUUUUUCUACUUAUAUGCUGUUUUGUUGAGCCUGAUUUCCAGGUUUUACUGCUUCUAUUGAUUCUUUUUGUAUCUGAAACGAGAAGAAUAAAAUGCUGAACCUGAA